UUCUGUGGGUUUAGUGCCCACUUAAUUUCCUGGAAGUCCAGGCUGGAAUAUGACCUCGUGUCCCCUCUUAGUGCCGGCCAGCGGGAGCCCCCUUGAUAGAGGCCAUCAGUAAAGGGUCAUAAAAUGAGGCGGUGCCUGGCAGGGGCGAAGGUCGCCAAGGCAGGAACUGUACCAGCCCUGGAACAAGGCAGCUGGACCCUUCUUCCAGCUGACAGCCGCCACCAUGGGGGCUCCGGCCCUCCUGUGGCCCCCGCUACUGCUGCCAUUACUCGUAGUGUUGGUUGGCCAACCUCCAGGGACCUCUGCCCAGAGCCAAGUCUGCUCCGUGGACUUGAACUCUACCUCUAUUGAAAUCGAGGAGAACACAAAUGUUUCUGAGCCACUGGCAAACAUUUCAGUCCCAGACGGUAUGAGUGUGACCCUGGGGUCUUCGUCCACUCCUUUGGCAUUUAAGAUUGUGGAUGAUCAGCUAUUUCUCAUCGUGAUUCCAGAUUAUGAGGAAAACCCAGUGCUGGAGGCAGUCCUGGAGUGCAAGAGAGACCAGUCUGUGGUGACACAGUUGAGGGUAUUCGUGAUUGUCCAGGAUGUCAAUGACAAUGCUCCAGAGUUCCCCUUUACAAUCAAGACAUAUGACGUAGCAGAGGACACCAAAGUGGGUACAAUUGUCAUCCCUGGGACAGAACUGGAGGCCAAAGAUGCUGACAAAGAUGACACCCUAUUUUACACUCUCCAGGAAGUGACCCCUAACACCACCGACUUCUUCACCCUGGUGGGGCAAAACAACCCUGCUCUGAGGCUGCAGAAGUCCCUGGAUUUCUACAAGAAUCAGAACAUGACCUUCAAGCUGCUGGCACGGGAUACUUGGGAUGAAGCUGAAAAUUCCAGCCACACAGCCACGGCCACUGUGAUCCUGAAUGUGCUUCCAGCUGACCUACGGACCCCCUGGUUCCUGCCUUGCUCCUUCUCAGAUGGCCACUUCUGCAUCCAGGCCCAGUACCAUGGGGUGGUCCCCACGGGACACACACUGCCAUCCCCUCUCACCUUGACUCCUGGUCCCAUCUAUGCUGUGGAUGGGGAUCAGGGUAUUAACCAGCCUAUCAUCUACAGUAUUGUGGCAGGAAACACGGAUGACACAUUUAUCAUCAGCACAGACUCUGGCAACCUCACGAUGGCCAAAAGUAUCCCCCGCCCCAUGACCUUCACCCUGCUGGUCAGGGCUGACCAGGCUGAUAUGGCACGCUACUCAAUGACCCAAGCCAUCGUGGAGGCUCGUGAUGCCACUGGGAGCCCGCUCCAGUUCUCUCGGAGCCGGUACCAUGGCACAGUGGUGCUUGGUUCUAAGGCUGGGACAGAAGUGAAGGACAGGACCUCCCCUUCUGAGAUCCUGAGGAUCCAGGCUCAGUACCUAGAUUUCCCGGACCUCAACUCGGCCAUCACGUACGGAAUCACCAACUCCUCAGAUUUCAAGAUGGACGAGGACGUCAUACUGACCACUGUGGAUAUGGAGCACGUAGACACCUUCUACGUAGAGGUAGAAGCUACCAAUACUGUGACUAAGGACACAGCCACCACUGUUGUUGAGAUCCAAGUGUCAGAGCAGGAGCCCACCACAGAGUCCCCCAAGCCCCCAGGAGCUGGAGGAACAACUGGGCCUUCAAGUAGCACCACUUUGGAAGCCCCCACGACUUCUGGGACCUCUCAAGGACCUGCCACAACCAGCUCUGGGGGAAGUGCUGGCCCAUUCCCACCCUCAGGCACAACUCUAAGUCCACCUGCCUCUGCCUCAUCCAUACCUACUCUUGGAAUCAGCACCACCCCCCAGACAGUCACUCCUGGUGGGGACUCAACACAGACCCCCAAGCCAGGAACCUCUCAGCCAGUGGCCCCCAUUACAGGAACAAGUACCACUUCUCAGCCAGCCACACCCAGUGGGGGCUCAACACAGACCCCCAAGCCAGGAACCUCUCAGCCGACAACCACUGCGCCCACCAGGAGCCCCUCACCCUCAGGGACACAAGGAGAAGGCCAGCGAUUUUCCACGGUGGACAUGGCAGUGUUGGGCGGGGUGCUAGGAGCACUCUUGUUGCUGGCCCUCAUCUGCCUGGUCAUCCUCAUCCAUAAGCACUACCGUCACCGGUUCAAAUGUUGCUCCGGCAAGGUUAAGAAGCCGCCACUGCCGCUGAGUGUCUAUGACAACCUGACCUUCUUCCCAGACCACAAGGCCAGCUGGUCGUCCACCUCCAGCCCACAGCCGCAGCGGGACCCGGAGACCGCCCAGUCGCCCUCUGGGCCCCAUAGCCCCAUGUCCUCCAGUCCCACGCCCCCCAGCUCGCCGCCUCCUAGCCCCAAGCUCAGAGCUCCCGAGUCUCCUAAGACUGUCCAGGCUGGGGACAGUCCUUUAGCCGUGAGAUCUAUCCUGACUAAGGAGCGGCGGCCAGAGGGGGAGGGCGGCUACAAGGCCGUAUGGUUCGGCAAGGACAUCCGAGAGGAGGCUGACGUGGUAGUCCUCAACGAGCCCGCAGCAGAUGUGGACAGCGCCAGUGCCACAGGAAGUGAGGGAAGCGACGAUGAUGACCCUCACCAGAGUUAUAUCUAGCGCAGCACCCGCACCCUCCACUCCAAUACACUCCCUUUUCCUCAGCAAAUUAAAGUAGCACUUUCGAA